AUGUCAGCUAGACAGACGAUUAUGCCCCCCUCUGCUGGCGAUUCUUCACGUCGUUCACCAAUUGAAUCCCAAUCUGUAUCUAAAGAGCUCCCAGCACACGCUCCGAUGGGACUGUCUGCGCCUCUGAUGGCUACCCAUGAAUGGCUUGUGACUCACAAAGGAAACGGACCAAAAUCUGAAGGUUUGGUAGAUGACAAUCUUCGCACCGUCGUGGACACAACUCAAAGGGGUCCCACCGAGGGGUAG